UUUAUGUCCCAAUCCCUCUCACGUCAUUCGUUCUCGCAUCCUUUAUAUCACGAUCGUAAAGCAUCCGAUUUCGUGCCCCAUCCGCUGCUUCAAUCUCAAUCUCGAUCUCUCAAAACUCCUCCGAUUUCUCCGUCACGCACGCAUCGUCGUCCUCCAUCAAAAUCUUUCGAUUUUCUAUUCGAUUCUGUUUUCCCAAUAAAUUUCUAAUCCGUUGUCUCUUUGUGUGCGUUUCUCUCUCUCUCUCUCUCUCUCUCCCUCUCCCUCUUUCUGCAGGCUUUAAUCUGAUUGCAGAUCGCUCUGCAUCCUUAUAUAUUGAGCGAUUGAUUUACGCCAAACCAAUCGCUCAUAUAUAUAGACGAAUUGUUUUUUGGUUUGUUCGUUCCUCUAUAUUCGAUCCUGAAAGCUUGAUCGGGAAAGGAGAGACCGGAAUCGGAUAUGGCUGAGGAGCAGAACUGGCAGGAACCGGAGGCUCACCACCACCACCGCCUCUGCGCCAACAACUGCGGAUUCUUCGGCAGCUCCACCACGCUCAACCUCUGCUCCAAGUGCUACCGAGACCACUGUCUCAAGGAGCAACAGGCCUCCACCGCCAAACUGGCCAUCGAGAAAUCCUUAGCUCCAUCCGCUUCGUCUUCGCCGGGAUCCGUAGGAUCGGCUUCUUCCGACUGCGAGGUGUCGGAGGCGGCGGCGGCGGCGGCUCCGGCGAAGGCGGCGGUGCAGACGGCGGGGAGGUGUGGCGAGUGCAAGCGGCGCGUGGGGCUGACGGGGUUCAAGUGCCGGUGCGAGGCCACGUUCUGCGGGGCCCAUCGGCACCCCGAGCAGCACGCCUGCACCUUCGAUUUUAAGUCUUUGGGGAAGGAGGCCAUUGCAAAGGCCAAUCCCGUGAUCAAGGCCGAGAAGCUUCGCAAGAUUUAAUCUGCGCCGUUGGUCACUAUUGAAUGGAUCGAAUCGGACGGUGGCAGGCUAUGGUUGAUUUGAUUUGAUCGUAUUUUGUCGGUCGGAGGAGAUUGGCAGGGUUUGGGAUAUUCUUCCUUUCAUUUCCUUUCUUUAAUGUGAAAUUGAAAAUAUUUUCUUC